CCUCGGGAUGCAGGCGGAAGUACAGCGUGCGUGCUCAGUGGCGGGUCGCUGUCUACGCUCCGCGUGUGCAGUCGCGUGGGCCAUGGGGCGGCGGGCGCGGGUCCGGCGGCUCCAGCAGCCACCGCAGCCUGAGGGCGCUGAAGACGGCACCGAGGGAGGCAGGAAGCGCGGCCAGGCGGGUUGGGAAGGUGGAUAUCCCGAGAUAAUAAAGGAGAACAAGCUUUUCGAGCACUAUUAUCAGGAACUCAAGAUCGUGCCUGAAGGAGAGUGGGACCAAUUUAUGGAUUCACUCCGGGAGCCACUCCCAGCCACAUUGAGAAUCACUGGUUACAAAAGCCAUGCAAAAGAGAUUCUCCAUUGCUUGAAGAACAAGUAUUUUAAGGAGUUGGAGGACCUGGAGGUAGAUGGACAGAAAGUUGAAGUUCCACAGCCUCUAAGUUGGUACCCUGAAGAACUUGCCUGGCACACAAAUUUAAGUCGAAAAAUCUUGAGAAAGUCCCCACUGUUGGCAAAGUUUCAUCAGUUCCUGGUUAGCGAGGCUGAGUCUGGAAACAUCAUCCGCCAGGAGGCUGUCAGCAUGAUCCCCCCACUGCUGCUCAACGUUGAGCCACAUCAUAAGAUCUUAGACAUGUGUGCAGCCCCUGGAUCAAAGACCACACAGUUAAUUGAAAUGUUGCAUGCAGACAUGAGUGUCCCCUUUCCAGAGGGAUUUGUUAUCGCAAAUGACGUGGACAACAAGCGCUGCUAUCUGCUCGUCCGUCAGGCCAAAAGGUUGAGCAGUCCUUGUGUCAUGGUGGUAAACCAUGAUGCAUCCAGCAUCCCUAGACUUACAGUAGAUGUGGACGGAAGGAAAGAGAUUCUCUUCUAUGAUCGGAUUUUAUGUGAUGUCCCUUGCAGUGGUGAUGGCACAAUGAGAAAAAACAUUGAUGUUUGGAAGAAAUGGACUACCUUAAACAGCUUGCAGCUCCAUGGCCUUCAGCUUCGGAUUGCAACUCGAGGUGCUGAGCAGCUGGCAGAAGGCGGCAGGAUGGUGUACUCCACGUGUUCUUUGAAUCCCAUUGAGGAUGAAGCAGUAAUAGCAGCUCUGCUGGAAAAGAGUGAAGGUGCUCUUGAGCUUGCUGAUGUAUCUGCUGAGUUGCCAGGACUGAAGUGGAUGCCUGGAAUCUCACAGUGGAAGGUCAUGACUAGAGAUGGACAGUGGUUUGCAGACUGGGAUGAGGUUCCCCAGGGCAGACAUACACAAAUCCGACCUACUAUGUUCCCACCAAAGGACCUGGAAAGAUUACAGGCAGUGCAUCUAGAGCGAUGCCUUCGAAUACUACCACAUCAUCAGAAUACUGGAGGGUUCUUUGUGGCUGUACUGGUGAAGAAAGCACCAAUGCCAUGGAAUAAGCGUCAGCCAAAGGUACAGAGUAAGUCUGCAGAGCCCAGAGAGACCACAGAGUCCAGCCCUGUAGCUGCUGCAGAGGGGAAUUCCAGUGGAAGUCAGGUGAUCACUGGAGCUGCAGACUCAGAAGGAACACACACCACUGAGAACACCGAGAGCAAUGAGAAGAAAGAUGGCGUGUGUGGCCCUCCUCCAUCAAAGAAAAUGAAGUUGUUUGGAUUUAAAGAAGAUCCGUUUGUAUUCAUUCCUGAAGAUGAUCCUUUAUUUCCGCCUAUUGAGAAGUUUUAUGCCUUGGAUCCCUCGUUCCCGAGGAUGAAUUUGUUAACCCGAACUACAGAAGGGAAGAAGCGGCAGCUUUACAUGGUCUCCAAGGAGCUGAGGAAUAUACUGCUGAACAACAGCGAGAAGAUGAAGGUCAUUAACACUGGAGUCAAAGUCUGGUGUCGAAACAACAGUGGUGAGGAGUUUGACUGUGCGUUUCGUUUGGCACAGGAGGGGAUAUAUACAUUGUAUCCAUUUAUUAAUUCAAGAAUUAUUACUGUGUCCAUGGAAGAUGUAAAGAUACUGUUGACCCAGGAGAACCCAUUCUUUAGAAAACUGAGCAGUGAGGCCUACAGUCAAGUCAAGGAUCUGGCAAAGGGAAGCGUUGUGCUGAAGUAUGAACCAGACUCUACGAAUCCAGAUGCCCUCCAGUGCCCCAUCGUGCUGUGUGGGUGGCGGGGAAAGGCCUCUAUUCAAACUUUUGUGCCCAAGAAUGAGCGGCUUCAUUGUCUCAGGAUGAUGGGCGUAGAGGUGUUGGGAGAAAAAAAGAAAGAGGGUGUCAUUCAUCCCGAUGAGAGUGUGGCCAGCCCAGAGCAGCCUGAAGAUGAGGAGGGUGCUGAACAUACAGCACAAGAGGCCUGCGUCCCAGACACCGUCCCUGGCUGUGACCCGGCUGCAGCUGAGCCAUCCCGGUGAAGACAGCUGCACACACUGAACUGUGGUGACAGCUUUGCUUGUUGGAAGAUGCCUGCCUGCCAUGGUGCUCCACUCAGAUAUUUGCAUUUUACAGGGAGGUUUUUCAAGACUAUGUGUGUUCUUUUUCCGUCUCAGACUUCAACAGUGUUAACAUCUUUUUUGAGACAUGGUUUUGUUCUGCAGACCAGGUGUCCUGAACUUAAGAAUCUCCUGCUUCAGCCUCUAAAGUACUUCACUUAUAAGUGUGAUGCCAUGCCCCACUGUAGAUGCCGUCUUCAAGAGACCCUCUGAGCAGACAAACAAUGCUCUGUGACUCUUGCUCAAAUCCUUCUGCUGGGAGUGCCGGCCAGGUGGUACUCCUGGCUGCUACACCCAAGAUUCCAAUGAAUGUUAGAGUGAAGAGUGGUCUCCUCUCAGUCUCAGGAACAGCUGUCAGAUUCCCAUAAAGUGUAUUGCAGGAGGAAAGACAUUUACCUGUGGGAUUUCUUGGCCUUGCACAGAGCAGUUGUGUGAGCUUGUAUUUCCUAAGUGGUCACUGAAGUGUACUCAUGGAGCAUGUAUAAAGUAGCAGUUGCCUCUGUGGGUGGAGCAAAAGAAUGACAGACUUUUAAGUAAACACUUCUGUGGCUGGAGCGAAGUCUCAGGAGAUCAGAGCACUUGCUUCUCUUGCAGAGGACCUGAGUUUAGUUCCCAGCACCCAUGUUGGGUAGCUCACAGCUGCUUUAACUCCAGGGAAGAUAACCACCUUCUGGUUUCUGCAUGUUCUUGUACAAGCACAUAAAGUGUGAUGGAUAAAGUAUGAGUAAAAUGAUGCUUCCUCUGGUCACAGCCCAGACCAGCAGGGGUGCUAAACUUGUGCUUGCAAAAUUAUUCCACACGUUGUAUAUAAGAGCAGAAGGUCCUGUGUCUGCACAUGACCUGGGAGGGAAGUGGAGAGCAGCUGCUUAGGCAGAAGUAAGCACCUGGCAUAAGCCUGAGUCUGGAGCUCACCAAACUGGAAGAGUGCAGGAAAUGACAUUACUGGUUUGCCUCCAGGGAGCGACCUUCAGUGGCUGAGACCAAGGUCGAUAUUUAAAUGUUGAACUAGGGAGAUUUAGGGCUAAGUGACUAUAGAGAACAGGAGACAGCCAUACAUAUGAGAGUCCUAAGGGUGGAACUCUUACUGCUAUCCAUACCCUUGGGGAUAUUUACAUGGCUACACUGGUGUCUGAGGUACUCCUCAGCAAUCUGAGCAAAUGGAGCAUUGCCUGUCAGCCCUCUUACAGGGGAAGGCUUAGCCAGAUGAGGCCAGUGACUUGUGCUGAUUCUGUGGCCAUCACCAGGCCUUGGUAGUGAUGACUUUGAACUUGGGAUUCCAUGCCCUUGUGGAUUCUUCUGUCUUGUUUGGGGGUUAGCACACAUAGUGACUUGUUGAUAGUGUAAGGGAUGAGGGCAAUUAGUUGUAGAAAACGGAUUUUUUCCAUCUUUCUGACUGUCAGGUCCCCCAAGGACUCUUGGGAUUCAGCAUAGCCAUUCUUACAGCUUUUCUUUGCUACAGUGGAAAACUAGAAAUGCAGCAAUGGGGGCUGUUCUAUUUAAGUGACCUAGUUAAGGUCACUAUUGCUGUGAUGAAACUCCUUGACCAAAGCAACUUGGGGAAGAAAUGAGUUUAUUUUGGUUUACACUUCCAGGUAAUAGUCCAGCAAUGAGGGAAGUCAGGGCAGGAACCUGGAGGCAGGAGCUGAUGCAGGGCCAUGGAGGGGUGCUCCUUACUGGCUUGCUCAUCAUGGCUUGCUCAGCCUGCUUUCUUAAGGAAUCUAGGACCACCAGCCCACGGGUGUCCCCACCUACAACGUCCUGGGCCCUUUUCCAUCAUCCACUAAUUAAAGUGUUUUACAGGUUUGCAUACAGCCCUAUUUUAUAGAGGCAUUUUCUCAAUUGAGGUUCCCUUAUUUUAGAUGACAAGCUUAUGUCAAGUUGACAUAAAACUAGCCACCUAGAUGUCUAUAAAUAUCCAGAAGAAAUCUGUUUCUAAGCUAUUUCCCAGAGUCAAUACAGAGCUGGUUUCAUGCACAGUCUUCCUGGGAGGCUCAGCAAAUUCCAAGCCCACGUUUUUCUUGGGGUCAUAUAGGUACCUUCUGUCUGGUAUGUCUCAAACUCUAGGCUUCCAUAGGAGGACAAGAGCACAAUGAAAUCCAAGUGUCCAGAAGCCAGCUAAGGGGCAGCCUGUGCGUGGGCCUUUUUCUUUCCUAAGGAAGGAGAUUCUGGCCCACCACUUUGGGAGCUAAAUCCUGCCAACAAAAUCUUGUGAGUGAACUAAAAGCAGAAGGCCAUGGAGCCUUUUGGAUUCUCUAGAUCCACUGAGGUGGAAGUGAUAUUUCAGACCAUUGAAUUCUGUGACUCACCAGCAUUGAUCCAAGGAGAAAACACCAUAGGAGUACCUACUGGGGUCCAAAGCAGCAGUGCUCUCUUGGGUUUCUUCUCUGCUGGGAAUCCUGUCCAUCUGUUAAAGGCUUAAUAUCUCAAUUUGAUGUGGAAUAUGCAUUGAGCUUGGGCUCUGUCUUGGUCCAUGGUAGUUUAGGGCAGUGUUCGUUCUUCUGUAGAGUCAAAUCCUCUGAUCAAGGCCCUGACAGAUUGUAUGCUUUUAAGCAUCACUUCCAAAUUAACAGGUGUCCAUCAGGCUGUUCUCUAAGGCCACUAACCCCAUUCAUGAGAACCACACCCUUCUGACCAAAGGCCCCAGCCCUCAGCAGCACUGAUCUGAGGCUAGGUUUCAGCGAACACAGCAACAUCGAAGGGCUUGGCAAGAGUUGAGGCCAGGCCUGCCUCACAGGUAGCUCACUUGCAGAGAGACCACACAGGUGAGCCACUUCUUUCCUGGGAUGCCAUGUGACUUUGCAGAAGAAUUUUAGAUAAAGCCCAGUAAGAAGGCUCCAGCAGUUCCCAGCUCUGAAACCAGUGUAAAGAUCUGCACUUUGGGAUGAGCACAAAGCGAAUGAAGGGCUGAGUCUCCUGCCUUACGGUGGUUAGUUUAGACUCAACUGGGAGAGGUGUCUGUCGAUUAUGCCAAAAGUAAGUCCUUGCCUCAUGGCUUUCCUGUGGGUUUUGGACCUGCACUGUAUGAAAGGAGAAACCACAUGAACAUAAGCCAAGCGUGUUUGUUCUCUCUGCUGCUGACUGCAGGUGUGAGCCACUGCCUCACGUCCCUGCCUUGACCUCUCCAUAAUAAUGGACUGUAACCUGGAACUGUGAGCCGAAAUAAAAUGCUGUUACCCCCCAUUAGGGUAUUUUAUCAUAGCAACUAACAAGACCAGGACAAAUUGGAACUGAGAAUGCAUUAUUGCAGCAUUAAACCUGACCAUGUGGCUGUUGAGCCUCUGCAGUUGUUUUUGGAAAGACUGUGGAAGCACUUGGUACAGUGGCUACAAAGCUACAGAAUGCUGUAAGCAGAACCUAGGCUACUAUAGCAGGAUCUUGCAAGUCAGCAAUGCUGAGAAAAGUGCAAACAGUGGAGACCCAGUUCACGAGGCUCAUGAGGAUUCAGAGAGUAACAAGGACUCCGUCAAUAACUGGACUGAGGGCCAUCUUGAUCAAGAAUCUAGCUGUGUUUUGCCUAUGUCCUGAGAGCGUGGGGGGGGGGGGGUUAAGUGUGAAGAUGAUGAAGUGAUUUAUCUGGCACAAGACGUUUCAAAGCAGGUGGUAUUCAGGCUGGUGCUAAAGAAAAAGUUAAAUCAGCACCAUUGUGAGACCCCCCUGUACUGCAAGGAAGGACAAGGAAGGCUGUCUGGAAGCAAGUCCUCACCUUGCAGAACCUCCAUUCUGUCAGAAUCUGAAUUCACUUGAAGAAUGCCUACCAUGAAGGGUUCUGUGGUCUACAGAGUCUCUCUAUGUAGUCCUGGCUGUCCUGGAACUCACUCUGUAGACCAGGCUGACCUUGAACUCACAGAGACCCACCUGCCUCUGUUUCUAGAGUGCUGGGAUUAAGGACAUGCACCAGCACUGCCUGGUUCGGAAGCUCAUAGCGGUAGGCCAAGGGGCCUACGUCUGGAGCUGGUAGCCAAACUGCAGGGCUAUAAACAUCAUCCAUUUGGUGCUUGUUUUGAGGGCAAAGAUGCGAGACUGAGGGAGGAGUCUUUGGAGAGCAGGCUAGACCUCAUGUGGCACAGUUGGGAGUCCCUGCAAAGAGGUCCCAGAACUGCUGCUGCAGGAAGCUACAAAGGUGAAGCCUUGGUGCAGCAGGGAGCCCAGCAUAUUGGAAAUGUCAGGCCAUGAGGUGUUCACCAAGGAAAGCUGCAGGUGUGGAGUGGAGCUGGCCUGUGCUGAGGAGAGCUCUGUGCUGCAGGUGUCAGAGCUGGGGUGGGCGGUGUGUGGGAGCCCCAUCUAAGUAAGCCCUUUGGAGCUUAAUUGAUUACAAGUUGACAUGGAAUUGCAAAAUUUGUUCUCCCUGUUGGAUUUAUUUAUUUUAUCUCUUUGCUUUUACACCCUGGUUCUUGAAUUUGGAAAAAUAAAGUUUACUCUGUGCCUUUAUGUA